AUACACACCCAAGUAGUGCUAGUGCCAAGGCCAAAACGUUUCAAUAAUGGAGCUUACAUUGACAUUGCCCAUGGCCAUGGCCUUGGUCACCAUCCUCAUCGUACUCGUCCUCAGCUCCGUCUUCUCACGGCGCCGCCAGAGUGAGGCCCUGAACCUCCCGCCGGGACCGCGGGGCUGGCCAGUGCUCGGCAGCCUCGGCGCCCUCGCGGGCGCGCUCCCGCCGCACCGCGCUCUGGCUGCGCUCGCGGCGCGCCACGGCCCGCUCAUGCACCUCCGUCUUGGUUCCUACCACGCCGUCGUCGCCUCCUCCGCCGAUGCCGCCCGGCUCGUCCUCAAGACACACGACCUCGCCUUCGCCGACCGUCCGUGCACCGCUGCCGGCGAGCACGCCGCGUACGGGUACCUUGGUAUCGUGCACACCCCGUAUGGCGCAUACUGGCGUAUGGCGCGCAGGCUCUGCGCCACCGAGCUCUUCUCCCCGCGCCGCGUCGACUCGUACGAGUAUAUUCGGAAGCAGGAGCUCCGGGCGCUCGUGUGUGGCCUGUUCGAAUGCCGCGGCCGUGCCGUUGCGGUCCGGCAGCACCUGGCGGACGCCACGCUGCGGAAUGUCCUGCGCAUGUCGAUCGGGGAGAAGUGGUCGGGCUGCUACGGCAGCCCUGAGGGUGAGGAGUUCCGGCGAACGCUUGAUGAAGCGUUCGCGGUGACCGGAGCGGUGAGCAACGUCGGCGAGUGGGUGCCAUGGCUCGGGUGGCUCGACGUGCAGGGCUGCGUCCGGAGGAUGAAGAGGUUGAGCAAGGUGUACGAUCGGUUCCUCGAGAGGAUUCUCGAUGAGCACGACGAGGAGCGGCGCCAGGUGGCGAUGGCUACCGGAACUGGCCACGGCGAGUCCGCUGCAGCGAGGGACUUGGUGGACGUGCUGCUGCAGCUCGCCGAGGAGGAAGGCGAGACGGCUGGGACGUCGUCAACAGAAGCAAGGCUCACGCGUGACGGCGUCAAGGCCUUUGUCCAGGACAUCAUCGCCGGUGGCACGGAGAGCUCUGCGGUGACCAUGGAGUGGACCAUGUCGGAGCUCUUGCGCCGGCCGGAUGCCGCAGCCGCCGCCACCGAGGAGCUCGACCGCGUGGUGGGCCGCAGCCGGUGGGUCGAAGAAAGCGACCUGGCCCGCCUCCCCUACAUCGACGCCGUGGUGAAGGAAACAAUGCGGCUGCACCCGGUGGGCCCGCUUCUAGUCCCGCACAUGGCUCGGGAGGACACACUGGUCACCGGCUACGACGUCCCCGCCGGCGCGCGCGUGCUGGUGAACGUGUGGGCCAUUGCGCGAGACCCGGCGUCGUGGCCCGACCGGCCCGACGAGUUCCGGCCGGAGCGCUUCGCCGGGAGCGCCGUGGACGUUCGUGGGCAGCACUUCGAGCUGCUGCCGUUCGGUGCCGGGCGGCGGAUAUGCCCGGCGUACGGGCUGGCGAUGAAGGUGAUAGGCGCCGGCCUGGCCAACCUGCUGCAAGGAUUCGCGUGGCGGCUGCCCGAGGGGGUCUCGCCGGAGGACCUGAGCAUGGAGGAGCAUGUCGGGCUGUCGACGCGCAGGAAGGUGCCACUCGUCGCCGUACCGGAGCCCAGGCUGCCGGCGCAUCUCUACACCGCCAUGACCUGAUCAGAACCGUGCAUGCAAAAUCAAUUUCCCGAACAGUUGGUUCAAUCGACUGAAUUAGCUCAACGCAGCUUGGUGGAGCUCUCUUCUCAGCCACACCAUCUUUCCUUGUCUCUCAUAGCAUCUUCAACAGCCGUCCAAUGCAUGGUGCUUAAAAAAAAGAGUUUACAGCGCGCAAGUACUUUUUUUAGGUGUUAGAAGAUGUUUGCUUCAACAAAGGCUGUAAAACAUGUAGCGCGUGCGAGUCCAGCGGUCCUAAUCAAACGGUCUCAUCUGCAGCAGCCUAGAAUUUGCAGCGCGCUCGACCGACACACUAAAUAUACUGCGCGCGAUGCCUUUUUAAUAUGCGCGUUGCAGUAAUUAUAGCGCGCAGGCUUUUUAUGCGGCUGUCGGAGAUUUUAAAUCAGGUCCGUGUAUGAUAAAAGCAGAUUUUAUACUGCGUGUCGCUUAUAUAGCGCUUGUGUUGAAGAACGCAAAGUAACUUUUACCGGCACCGGGAGCUACCGGUCACCCAAUGGGGUUCAGCCACAUGGUGUGUAUCCCAGUAUAGUUGCACGUAUUUGACAUCUUUUUCUAGCUUUUAAGUGUUGGCAUUUCUCUUUUGUGGGUUCCUCCGUUGGCAGAUAAAGAUAGCAUGCAUUGUCAUGUCCUUCUAUUUUUCUUUCA